AUGGAUCCGGCUUCCCCAACACCACACCAUCGCCACCUAUCAUCCUUGGAAGGAACUAUCUAUUUUUCCCCUGGGCCGGCCUUAGAGACGGGUAAGCGUGCUCGCGCAAAGCAGCAAUUUUACGGCAUCAUCGACCAUUUCCAAGGUUCAGAUAAAAGUCGAAACAGCCAAUACAACCGCACUCUGCUCGUCCGCCUCACAUAUAAGUAUACACGCUCGGAAGAGUCUCAAGAAAUUUUCCUGCGCGCUUUUUUUCAGGCUAUGUCACUCUCGAUUGACGGCGAAGACGAUGUCGACCUUGAGGACACUGAAGAGGAUCUCCGCUUAGCCCUGUCCUGCUUUGCAGACUAUCUCUUAGAUAACUUUUUCUUACCUCUGCGUGCUUCAUUCCACAAGACGCCGCAGCCUUCACCGCAAAUACAUUCCGCAGUCCGACAGGCUCAAGGGGGUGGCGUGCAAGACUUUGUUGGGACACCAGACCAAGUAGCAAGCCUUCAAGGUGACUGUCUUCUACACAACCGCUACCAAUACGUGAUUAGUCGCCGGUUCGAUGCGGAAGAAGCGAACAAGCAUCUGAUGAUGCAUGGCGACAAGGCAAAAGACGAGAACGGGAAUUUACUUGUUGCUGGCCCUAGGUUUUCGCGUCUUGAGGUGGCCCAUAUUCUUCCUCAUUCCCUUACAAAAACAGGAAAUAACUCCCAGCUACACCCUUCCAAGAAGGCUGUACUUGACAUCCUCAACAUGUUCAACAACAGAGUCAUCCACCUUAUUAAAGGCACCGACAUCAACAGACUAAGGAACGUAAUUACACUAACCCAGAGCCUCCACAGCUGGUUUGGUAACUUUGAUAUCUAUUUCAAGCCUGUACUAGAUCAAGAGCACACCUACCGGAUUCAGUCAUUCCUCCACCCUAUGGUUACACCAGAUCUUCCUGUAGUACAUAAGCUCCACUUCACCAAGAGCCGGACUAUUAAGCCCCCUUCUCAAUGCCUUCUUACACUUCACCACGCGAUUUCUCACAUCCUUCACCUUUCUACGGCGGCAGGUUACAUUACAAAAAUCCUAAAUGGUAUGGAGUGGAAGGACACACGGACAGAUGAAUCGACCAAGUUAGGUCGCAUUGUAGCCCUUAAGUUUGGCGGCUGGUCAGAGGCGGUCCAUACCUAG